GAGAACAGCGGAUUGGAAGGCACUGUCCAGCAGCCAAGCGAGAGCGUUGAAGCCCUUCCGAGAGCCCUGCAAGCCUCUGCCUCAGGUGGUGAACUUUCCCAGCAGCUGGACAUGGAGCCUGGAACAGGCAUGCAGCUCGAGGCCCUAAACCAGGCUUUGCAAGAAGAGCUGUCCACUCUGCUUGGGAAGUGUGAACAACUGGAGAAGAGCAAAUGUCAGCUGCAAGAAGAGGUGACAAAACUCCACCACCAUUUGGAGACUUUGGUGCUGGAUGGCAGCCAAAGAGAACAGUGUACAAGAGAGGUGGCAGAAGGAGCUGACCAGGAAAGAAGUCCAAAGCUACAAGAGGUCAGCCUCGUUUUGCAAGCUGGAAAAGCUUCUGAGGAUAGAGAGGAGGAAACUCCGGGUUAAUGAAGAGAAAGGAAGUCAGUCCCAGCUGGAAGAAAUGAAGAAGAGAUAUUCUGAAAAGGUCAAGGAAGUCGAUGGAUUCCAAAGAGAGGUUGCUGAACUUUCCCAGCAGUUGGACAGGGAACGUGAACAGUGCACGCAGCUGGAGGCCAAAAACCAGGCUUUGCAAGAAGAACUGUCUGCCCUGCGUGGGGAGUGCGAGAACCUGGCCAUGGACAAAUGCCAGCUGCAAGAAGAGCUGGCAAAACUCCACCAUCAUUUGGAGACCAACGUGGUGGAUCGCAGCCAACUCGAACAGUGCAAAAGAGAGGUGGAAGAACAAGCAGACCAGGAAAUAAGACAAAAACUCCAGGAAGUCAAUGAGUUUUUGCAAGCACAGGCAGCCCACCAGGACACCUUAGAAGAAAUCAGAGCCAGUCAUGUGGACUCACUGAAAAAACAAUUAGAAGACAGAAUUAGAGAUCUGGAACGUGCACUGGGAAGGACAAAAAGCAACCAAGCAGAAAGACCUUUUCCAAAAGAAUCCACCCAGGCAGAAGUGGACAAGUACAAAGAACUGUAUCUGGUGGAAGCCAAAACCAGAAAAAGCCUCGCCAAGAAACUGGAAAGAGUUCCAGCAGUAACCCCACAGCAGCACCACUGUGGCAUUAUUGGUGUCUUUUCAAGUUGA